UCGUCAUGAGGCUUCUGUGAAAUAUCUGCUGAAACAUGAGUGAAUAUUCAAACCGCAGCCAAGCCGGAGCUGAUUACGAGUGGCAUUAUGAAUAUUACGAGGACGAGGAGCCCGUGUCCUUUGAGGGACUGAGAGCAAACCGCUACUCUAUCGUGAUCGGCUUCUGGGUCGGCCUCGCCGUCUUCGUCAUCUUCAUGUUCUUCGUGUUAACUCUGCUGACCAAAACAGGAGCUCCACAUCCAGAGAUGUGUGAUGCGAGCAUGAAGCCUCAUGUUCUGAUUGGCUGUGAGCUGGAAGUGGGUGGAUCUCUGGCAUUUUCUCUGCCACCGCUGCCUGACCAAUCACGUUCCCUCUUUCACUUCUACAUCCACGAGGAGGAGCGAGUAAAAACCCACGAAGAUGCCCUGAUUGGCCGAGGGAUGCACUGUGGGCGGGGCAAUGCUGAGAGAGCAAAUGAAGACGAGCACUUCAUGUCCAGCUUCAACAUCCCGAAUUUUGUGAACUCCGAGCAGAGCUCCAGCCUCGGCCAUAACGACUUUCUGCUGAGUGAGCCGCCAAUCAUCACAGACGGCCAAUCAGAUGAGCUGAAGACAGCAGAGCCCGCCCAUCUCUGCUAUGAUAUCAUCAGACAUUGACGCAUGUUUUCUUGACGUGUGCUGCUUUGAGUGUGUAACAGAAGAGUGUGUGAGCUUUGGGACGUACUACUUUCUCAUUAACAGAUCGUUAUGUUGCUUAGUUACAAGACCUGUCAAUCAUCUCAACACAUCAAUCCACAUUCUGUCAUAUUUAAUUACCUUCCUUAUUGGAGAUGCAACAGCAGCAGGUUAAUCGGCCAUUCACGAGUCUUUCACACAGAGAAAUCUCCUCAGGUGUUUGCAUAAAUCUGCAUUCAGAAGUUUAUCUCCAAACACGUCUUUUUAGAAGUUCACAUUGUUGUUGCAGAUGAAAUAUAAGGCAGAAUACAUGAUUUAAAUACACUCACAGGCCACUUUAUUAGGUACACCUGUCCACUUGUUAAUGCAAAUUUCUAAUCAGCCAAUCACAUGGCAGCAGCUCAAUGCAUUUAGACAUGUAGACAUGGUCAAGACAAUCUGCUGCAGGUCAAAGCGAGCAUCAGAAUGGGGAAGAAAGGGGAUUUAAGUGACUUUGAACGUGGCAUGGUUGUUGGUGCCAGACGGGCUGCUCUGAGUAUUUCAGAAACUGCUGAUCUACUGGGAUUUUCACGCACAACCAUCUCUAGGGUUUACAGAGAAUGGUCCGACAAAGAGGAAAUAGUGAGCGGCUGUUCUGUGGGCGCAAAUGCCUUGUUGAUGCCAGAGGUCAGAGGAGAAUGGCCAGACUGGUUCCAGCAGAUAGAAAGGCAACAGUAACUCAAAUAAGCAGAAGAGCAUCUCUGAACACACAACACGUCCAACCUUGAGGCGGAUGGGCUACAGCAGCAGAAGACCACACCGGGUGCCGCUCCUGUCAAUGAGUUCACUGUACUCAAAUAGCCUCCACAGCCACCAGAACUAAAUCCAAUAGAGCACCUUUGGGAUGUAGAGGAGAUUGGCAUCAUGGAUGUGCAGCCAUCAAAUCUGCAGCAACUGUGUGAUGCUAUCAUGUCAAUAUGGACCAAAAGUACCUUGUUGAAUCUAUGCCACAAAGAAGUAAGGCAGUUCUGAAGGCAAAAGCGGGUCCAACCCGGUACUAGUAAGCUGCACCUAAUAAAGUGGCCGGUGAGUGUAUGUUCCAGUUGGCUAGAUAUUAAUUAACAGCCAUUCAAACAACUUUACCGAAGCCUCUCCUAUUGACAGUUGAUCUCACGCGUCCGCCAUAUUUGUAGUUUGUUUACACUUUUCCCCAGAGUUUGUAGUUCAAUAUAAUAUUGAAGUAUUAUAUUAAUAUUUUAACUAGUAUUUAGU